AUGUCGUCGCAGUGCGCAUGUCCAUUGUCACCUUCCGGCGCGUGGUCGAUACCGGCGGUCGGCAGUCCGCGCCGCGCCGGGCCCCCGCGAGCCCGUGCCGCGGCCAUGUUAGCGCGCGCCGUGCUCGCCGCGCUCGCCGCCUGCCUCGCCGCCUCGCGAGCACAUGCCGAGAAGAGCAAGUUCUAUUACAUGGACUCGCUAUGCAAGGACCACUUCCUGCAGCGACAGUACCGCAAGCUGGACGGCGGCGUGCUGUGGUCGCGCAACGAGCGGAACCUGGACUGCACGGUCACGUUCCAGACGCACAGCAUCCUGCAGCGGUUCAUGCUGCACUUCGACCUGCUGCAGCUGGACUGCAACGACCACUUAUACGUGUACGAUGGCGCUCACGCCACCGCGCCGCCGAAGGCGGACCUGUCGUGUCGCAACACGAAGCAGCAAGUGGGCGCGCUGUUCACGCGCAGCAACUUCGUCACGCUGAAGUACGUGACGGACAACUGGGGCACCGACGCCAACGGGUUCAAGCUCGUCAUCACCGCCGUCAAAGACCCCAAGCACGGAUGCAAGGAGUUCAGGUGUAAGCAGCGCGAGUUCUGCGUGAGUGCUGACCUGACCUGCGACGGCGUUGACCACUGCGCCGAUGGCUCUGACGAGGACACCGCCGCCCUCUGCCCCGAGAGCGGAGGCAGUGGCGGCGGCAGUACGUGGAUAGCGAUAGUGGUGGGCGCAGCGGCACUGUUGGCGCUGCUGGUGCUGCUAGCGCUGUGCUGCUACUGCCGCAGCAGAGCGCCGACCAGGCGCACGCAUUUACACUUACAACAGAUGGCUAGCAGCAACGGCGCGGGCGGCGGCGGCAAGGGCGCUGGCCCCACCGCGUCGCCCGCCACUCGGCUGCCGGGAAACUGGGCGCACCCUGCGGGCCCGCGCGGGUACAGGGCGGCGCGCCCGGGCCGCCUGCGGGCGCGGGCGCAGCGCUGAGCGGCGCCCCGCACAAGGACGAGUGGUUCGUCUGAGGCGGCCCGGUCGGGCCCGCAGGGCGGGGGCGCCGUACCGGCCCCCAUCCGCUCCCACAUGGACAGACCCCGCCGGGACCCCGCGGUGACAGCAUCGUCCCCACGUGUUCGCGACACACGCCUAGCAACACAAGGAAACCUUGUCGACUUUUUGUCAACACUAUCAGUUAUGUUUCAUUAUAAUAAUUACGGAACCUAUGCCUUAGUCAACUUAAGGCAUAGGUUCAUGUAAAUAGUUGUUUACUUAACGCAUCCUGUAUGUAUUUAAUAUCAACUUUGACCCGAACGUUAAUAAUUAUGUAUUUCGGUGCAGGAUCAAGUGGCAUCAUCUAAAUGUUUGUUUCAACGAAAUGUAGCCACUUGAUUAUCCUGCGGUUUAGUGUUUAUUUUGAACAUGGGUUUAAACGCUUUAUUGUAAUGUAGUGUUUUCCUUAAAAUUGUAAGGCUUUAGUAUCGCGAACACUGUGUAAGAUUUUAAAUGAAAACUUUUCAAUGUACAACUGUAUUAUAAAAUGACUGCUUUGUUAUAUUGAUAUAAAGAAUGAUAUUUAUGUAUGAAAGUUUAAUAAUACAGUUACAACCAAUAAUCGCUGCGUCGUACAAAAUGCAACUAACGUAACCACCCAGUUAUCUCACUUCUGAUGCAACUUUAUGUGAAUAAUAGAUCAGAAGUGCGUGCUAAGCGUUUUCGCGAUUUGAACGGCAUAGCGACUAGGGAAAAAUUUAUAAAAAAAUCUGUAUUUUUAAAUUUAUAAUUCAUGCAACAUACGUUUCAUUAUAGAGAUACGAACUAGUAAACGGUGUUCUAUAAUGAAACUAGAAAUGUAACAAGCAGUUUUUUGAUACAUAAGAAAAAGUUGAUAUUUGGACGAUGAAAUCACUACAGCGUCAGUGUCACCGGCUCUAGGACUAACAUCUCACUGCCAUUACCGCUCCAACACAGCUCCGACCUUACUACUGAUACUUCUAACUACCACACAUUCAGGAAAUUUUGUACAGUUCAUACAUCGCUCCAUUACAUCAAGAUUACCGAAGUAAAUUAACAUGCAAAGAUGCAAGUUUUAAAAUGUUUUAUAACUUUUCCAUUUUGUAAAGUACCUAUUAUAAAAAGAAGAAAAAAACAUCGCAAUGUUUUAUAAAAAAACACAAUAAUUUACUUUGAUUUGUAAGAAAUCUGCCAAUGGUUAGUCCAAUAAUAAUUGUACUAAAUUCGAUUUCCAGUUAUAUUUGGGAUUAUGAUUACCAUUCUCAUAGCCAUUAUUUCAAGAAUCCAUAUUCGGCUCACUGCUGAAUACGAGUCAUCUCUCAGAAUGAGAGGGGUUAAGCUAUUAGUCCACCACGCUGGCCUAAUGCUGGUAGCCAGACUUCUCACACGUAGAGAAUUAAGAAAACUCACAAGUAUGCAGGUUUCCUCGAUUCACGAUGUUUUUUCCUUCACCUCUUGAGUCAUUACUAAGUAAUGGCUCAAGUUAAAAGUUACAGUAUAUAUAAAGUCACUAGUAUUACAGAAUACAUAAUACAUAAAGUCACUAGUAUUACAGAAUACAAGUACAAGUAUUAGGUAUGUCAUGUUAUUGCGUCACCAGAUUUAAAAUUACAGCAUCAAAAUAAAAAUAAAGUGUUGUUAAUUUAAAUUAUAAAACAUUUUAAAAAUUGAUAGUAGUUCUUAACUUUACGCCAAUGCUUGAGUAUAAUAUGAGAUUAUUAAAAUACAUUCUACUUGGGCAUUGGCUUAUCGUCAUAAGUAUAUCUUUUUAAAGCAUUUUAAUAUUGCUAAUUCUGUUGUGCAGAAUACUAAACCAAAUAGUUUAACACAAAUAGAACAAUAAUACAGAAUGUUAAGACUAAAAUUAAGGUCGUGAGUUAGCAUUGUCUAAGUAACUAAGCAGUCUUAGUAACUGUCUCUCGAGCUAUAAUGUACAAUAAUGUUUCUUUGGGAUCACCCAAACUAUGCCUGUUGAAUGCAUGUUUGAAAUAAUAUAGCUAGUGAUAAUGGUGAGUGUAUAAUGUAUGUGUGUAGCCCACGAGGUCGUGGAUAAUUUAUACUAGGUGCUUAAGCUAAAAAUUUGUAAUGUCUCGUCUGCCUUCAAAUACUUUGUUCUGAUUCUUGACUUGCUAAUUUACCAUAUUGAACCCUUGAAUAUUUACAAAUGACUUUUUUUCAAAUAUGGAAUCAAGAAUCUUAAGUGGAAAAAGUAUUUGUUAAUUAAUCCCACGGGUGAAAAUGUAUUUAAGAAUUUAAACAAUACGCUAUGCGUUUAUAAAUUACUUAAAAGUAACUCGAGUGUUUUAUUUAAAGUUAAUUAUAGACAAAAAAUCAGGCAAGUUUUAGUAUCUCAGGGGAAAUUUUAGAUGUUUGCCAUGAACUUUUAGCUGUUGUGAAGCACCUUUAUAAAAUUUCCCACUACCUCUCCAGCUAUAAGAACAAUCUUAAAGAACGGAAACUUCACAUAUCUGUUGGAAACAUUUAAACUUAUAAAAAAUAACUAAUAAGUGAUCGGUUCUACCGCGAGUGUUCCUUUUAAACUAUCGUGUUAAGUUAUAAGUUUAAAUCUAUUAAGAUACUCGUACUGUUUGUUUUGACUUGUGGUCGAACCGUUUAGAAAGGAGAGUAUUGAUAUAAUCGAGGUUUAGAGAUGGCAGCAUCUGUCGCGUCGCGCCCGCUCGGUGUCGUCUGCGGUUUUCGCUCGUUCAUGUUACGGUUACUACGCAAGCCGUUACGCGUAACAUUCGUAACGUAACAUUUUACGCCUAUUAACUGUAACAUGGACAUGAUCUUUCUUACUCAAGUUUGAAUGUACGCGUUUCGGUAGACUUAAGUAUAUUUAUGGGAGUGAUAGUUAAACACAAGUUCUAUCCAAUGAAAUUGUAUAAUCAUAUAGUGAUGUAAUUGUAUCCAGUUUGUAAUGUUAUUUGUAUACGUUCAUUGGAUAGCGAGUAGCGUGUGUAGCUAAUUAUACAGUACCAAAAAAAAGUAAUAAAAUCUAUCUCAAUAAACAAAAAAAUAUAUUAAUAUGAUCUAUAUGAUAUAGCGUAUCGAUAUUUUAUUUAUGAUUUCUUUAUCACUGCUGUUAAUGUUUGAUAAAAAAUUAAUAAUUAAUAUUGUAGGUAAUAGAGUUACAUUGAAACUUUUGUAACUAAAGUUGUCACCAAGCCACUCACUGGACCGCAAACAUUGCAGUUCAUAUCAUAAAACGAAUGUACCUCUCUCAUUAGAACUAUAAUCGGACCAUGCGAUGCAUAUGCUGUUACGUAAUAAACCAUAUUGUAAGAAUGUAUUAUUGUUUACGACUAAGUUGUCGCAAUAAAUUUAUUGAUAAAUUUUAUAGUGAUAUACAUAUCUCAUUGUGAAGCUGAUGUUCAAUGUAUAUUUGGAUCAUUCUUUUUGUAUUAAGGUAAGGUAACAUUCUAGGACUAUAAGAACUGUUACUAAGCGAUAAUUUCGAUACAAAUCGUGCUGGCAUUUAUAUCUGCUGUGCCGUGACAUUGCAUUGAUGCGAAAUAUGUUUAAAUAAAUAUAUUUUCUUAUAAUGCAGAUUCAUGGAUGAUAUAUGUUAGAAUUUAUCAUAAGCAAGACAUAUCUCAAACUAAAUAUGUGACGGGCUGUAAAUUAAGUCGCUUGAUCGUGGAGCAGUCAGCCAAUGAUAAAUCACAAGGUUGACGUGUUAUGAAAAUAUAUUAUUGAAAGAAUCAUAUCGGUAAACAGUAAUUCCAGCAUAAAUUCAUCAGUUUCAUUAUUUUCACGGCACAGCAGCGUUAUCCACAAUAUGCCGUUGUCACGGCAGCGCGACGCGACAAACAAGUCGCUAUCUAGCGUCGCAGAGCACGAGCAUGUCUGGUAGUCGCCAGCUCGGCGAUGUUACGCAAACAUGACGAUGUUACGCGAGCACAGCGAUGCUACGUGAACAACAGAAUGUUACGCGAACAAGACAAUGUUACACGAGCCCUGCGACGCUCACCAAGCGCUUUGUGGCACGGUGCGAUUGAGGUUUUCAUUUUCUCAACAAAAUGCUUUUACAAAACAAACAUUAUUUUCAUAUUUUUUCAAUAUUACUAAAAUAACAAUCUGUGUACUUCGUAAAAUAAAAUGAAUACAAAGUCUUGGGAUGUUUUAUCAAAAACCUCUUUAAUGGAUCUGUAUGAAAAUAAAACUAUUAUUUUCGUAUUUUGGAAAUUUUGAUAAUGAGUAAGACAAGCAACACAAUAGGACAUAUCAAGUAAAACUGAUUAUUUCUUUAAUAAAUAACAUUCUCUUUUAAUUUUUAUAAAAGGCAUCUAUAUCUAGCUAUUUGUAUAUCAUUGGGGAACAUAGUACAAGAGCGAGUGAGCAGAAUGCGGCCGAGAUCGCCCCGCGCCGCCGACCGCGAAGUGAACAGUCUAUCCGAACGUAUUCUAUAUAAUAAUUACUUACGUAAUAAUUAAUUUUAGCGAAGAUUUUUUUAGGUGAAUUUUUACUCGUUUAGUGGAACGCGCCACGCCGCGGGUGCGGGUGUCCAGAUUUUGGUGUUAACGAUAAACGCAAUGUAAAUUUAUCGAUAUGACAUUAAACAUUUUUGGCUUAUUGUUCGUA